AUGCUCACGCGACGAACAAUGGACGCGAGAAGAAGUCUGAUGAGCGAUCAGGAAGAGCAAGCAGGGCAAGCGGGUUCUGCUAGCAAACGUAAGUAUCCUUGGAAGGCGAUGGCGUUUCUGAUGGCAGCUGCAGCUACACAGAGUUACGCGUCAUCCGGCCUUCAAGCAGUUCUUGAGCUCUACUUUACAACGUUUCUGUUGAAAUCUACUUUGCCCUCAUCUAGUAAUCUUAGAAUCAGCAAACUGGCGAGUACGUCUUUCAACAUUUGGGUCGGAAUAAUGGACAUGGCGUCGCUGUCUGCAGGAUUUCUUGCUGAUCUUGUGCUAGGAAACUGCAAAACACAAAUUAUAUCAAACUUUCUCAAUUGUGCUGGAGUUAGUUUGCUUAUGUUUUCUACUUGGCAAUUACUUGCCAGUAGUCAGGAAACAGGUCCCACAACACAUCCAGAUCUCAACAUGAACUCAACCUCUACAACCAACGGCGCUCUUGAUCUGACUUUGGCAUCAAUUGGUUUACUGUCCUUAGCUAUAGGCUAUGGCCAGCUGUCAGCAAUACAGAGUGUGUUUGUUGGUGAUCAGUUUAGUGAUACGCAGCAAGAAGCCAAGCUACACAGCUUUAGCUGGUACUACUUGUUUCUUAAUGUGGGCAGUUUACUGUCAGAAUCUGGAGCUCCAAUUCUUCGUCAGACAUUUAAUUUUUUAAUUUGUUACUCAACUGUGGCAGGAACUGUUUUUCUCUCAACAGUUUGCUUUUUCCUUGGACUUCCAUCUUAUCGAAAAGUUGCGUUAGUGAAAAAGGAAGACAGAGAGGACACUAUAGAUGAGUCUGAAAGUCUUCUUGGAGGUACCAACAGGUGUGCUCUUGACAAAUGCACACAAGAUGAAUCGACUAGAAGCAGAUGGUGCAAGAUAAUGUCAACAUUACGAGAACUGCAAGGAAUUGUAAAAGUUUUCACACCACUUAUUGUUUACUGGAUGCUUUUCUACCAACAAAAUUCUACUUGGGUGCUGCAAGGUGGCAGGAUGAACUGCUAUUUUGGAAAUCUGCAUGUUCCACCAGAUCUGAUGCCAAGCUUUAAUGAUGUGCUUGUAAUAUGUUUAAUUCCACUCUUGGACUACUUGAUAUAUCCACAUAUCGAGCGUGUUAUGGGCUUCAAAGUGAUGCCACUGCACAAGAUUGGAAGUGGCAUGGUUUGUGCUGCCCUUGCUUUUGUAUUGGCUGGUUUGUUGGAACUUUACAUUGUAGUACCAGAAGUUGAUUGCAGAGGAGGUGUGAGUUUGGCAUGGCAGGUGCCACAGUACAUUCUUAUUUCAUUCGCUGAAGUUCUGGUUGCAAUCUCUGGUCUGGAGUUUGCAUACUCUCAAGCACCAGAUAAUCUCAGAAACAUUGUCACUGCAUUGUGGUGUAUUUCACAAGCAUUUGGAACUGCACUUAUGGCUGGUCUUGUUGAAAUAACAAUACCCAGACAAUGGCAAUUUUUUGUUUAUGCAGCUUUGAUGUCACUUUUGAUUGUUGUAUCAGCUGCUUGGAACCGGAACUACAAAUACAGAAUAUGAAAAUGAAGUUAAGUUGAGCAUUUGAGCAUGUAAUGUUGGGUCAGAUCAUACAUAUUGAAACAACAGCAUUUUGAUCUGGGAGUAAUAGUAUUUAUGGUGCCAAUUUGUAUGAACAAUUACUGAGUUUCAAGGUUACUCAGUACUGGCUACUGUAAUUUAUGAGAAGCAGACGUGCUUGUAUAUACACAAUAUUUAAAUUCUGAGUAUAUUAUAUUGUCUUGUUUUUUUUCAGUUGUUGAGUCCAUUAUGGCCGUUUUGAAAUUUUUGUUAUAUUGAUCGAGCCAGAGAGUUUAUAAGAAGUGAACAGUAUGUAAUUGAUUGCUAUUUAUGAAGAGUAUUGUCUCUAAAUUAAAUAACAGUGUUCAAACAUGCUUCAGCAUAUCCUGCACAGUUUCAUCAAACAACAGCCUUGCUGCACACGCUUUUAUUACACCAAAUUGCCAAUAACACUCACCUUGUAC